AUGUUACGCACCGUCAACGAUGUCGAACUAGCCAACCUGCAUGCUGAGUCGCAGGUGUCUCUUCUACAAGACUGCCAGCGAACGAUCAAUACACCAUCGACUCGUUUUGCGUCUAUUAAGAUAUUGGAGCCUUGGUUUCCAGAUGUGAAUCCCCAAUUCGCGCGCCGCAACAAACGUUUCUUCGAUCGAGAUGUCGCCUUGUUCUUCAUACAACUGCUCUCCGUCCUAGUCCUCGGUUUCAACCUUUCAGUCACCAUCUAUGCUCUUGUUAGGUUCGGGGCUCACAGCAACAUCAGUGAUUUUCUUGGUGCGGAGAGUGGUGGUAGUUGCGCUCUCGUGAAGGUCUGGAACAGGUGGCUCCACUUUGGGAUCAACGCGCUUUCCACGAUCCUCCUUGGCGCAAGCAACUACUGUGCGCAACUUCUACUCGCUCCUACCCGAGAAGAAGUCAACAAAGCACACUCUCGAUCGCGAUGGCUCGACAUUGGUGUCCAAAGUUUUCGCAACUUCCGCGCUGUUGGACCGAAGCGGCAGAUCCUAUGGGCGGUUCUCAUGCUGAGCUCAGGUCUACUGCACCUUUUUUGGAACUCGGCAGUGUUUAUGGCGAAUCCUGUCAGCAAAUACUCGAUAGGCUACGUUACUGCUGACUUUGUAGACGACGUACAACCGUGGCAACGCCUUGCCAGUCCCGACCUCGAACACAUUCGCAACAACACUUCGACAGUGCGGCAGUUGAGUAACAAAGAUUGCAUUGCAGAAUACGCGGGUAGACUGUCUGGCCUCAGCAGUUUGCUAGUGGUCAGCAGCGAUGUCAUGAUGGCUGACGAACGCUCUUUCGACGAGGGUAAUCGGCAAUCCUCCCUGAUACGUAACGAAAGCACGCUAGUUAUUGCGAUGGAUUGGCGCCUGAAUAGCGAUUGGAUGUGCACCGCCUGGUCGACCUACGGCACGCGUUCGAAGUACACAUGCACGCGCAAGUUCUUGGAACCUCAAGCAGAGAAUUGGACGGUGAUACAACAUCACGAAGAUCCGAACCGCACAGUCUCGAUAAAAGUUGAUCACUGCCUCGUCUUGGAUAAUCUGCAGGAUAUGCAGGACAGGUGUGUGUUGCGCAUAAGCAAGAUGAUCCUAGGUUUGGUCACUGUGCUGAACCUGAUCAAAUGUGUUUGCAUUGCCCAAACAGUACGCAUGCACAACCAGUUCGGGAUACAUAGGAAUGUGCGAGCUGAGCCUAGCGAUGGUUCUAUCACCGCCAAACCCAACAACUCUGUCCGGACAAUCCUCAAUUCAAAGUCACACCUAGACCCUGUCGCUCCUUACUUAGUCACAAUUGGCGAUGCUAUUGCUAGUUUCCUAGAAGAGGAAGACUCGCAUACCAAGCAGUGUAUAUUUGCGACGAAACGCGAUGUGGAGAACAAAGGGUUCUGGGAUACUCAUCGCUCAUACUCGAACCUUGCUCCAGAACGGUGGUACCAAGCCGCCAGCCGCAGACGCUGGAUCAUCACUAUGUUCUUAUGUGCUGCAACGAUUGGAACCGUUGGCGGCCUACUUCGAAUGACUUUGUCUGUUCAACAAGCCGUGGGAGUCGACAUCAGCCUACCUUCACUCUGGGGUUACGGAUUUGGCGCGCAGCAACAAUGGGCACUAGCCCUCACUGGGGUCACAGAUCAUCUCGGCCCGUCCAAAGGAUUCUUCUUCUCCGUAUUCUUUGCAAACUCCUUCCAAGUUAUUAUCAGCGCCCUUUAUCUGCUAUACAAUAAUCUCUUGACAGCGAUGAUCGUGGCUGCUGAGUGGAACGACUAUAUUUCUGAGCCAAAGACACUACGAAUGUCAGCGCCACGAGGCGUACAGCGUUCUAACUACUUUCUCUCGCUACCUUACAGGUAUUCCGUUACGUUGAUGAUCUUAUCCGGCCUGCUGCACUGGUUUAUAUCACAGAGCGUCUUCGUAGUGCAAACGGUUGCAUACGUCCCUAAAGACACACGCCCUCUUUCCUUCGUACGAGAACCUACCCUGGAUAUAUCCUGCAUUGGCUUCUCCAGCAUUGGCAUCAUACUUGCGCUAAGUGUUGGCUGUCUACUAGUGCUCAGCUUAUUGACAAUUGGAUUUGGCUCGACGUACAGCGCUAGGGUUGUGAGGACUGAGGACCAGCAGCCACAGUAUACUAUGCCGCUGGUCAGUACCUGCAGUGCAGCCAUUAGCGCCAACUGCCACAAACACCCUGAAGAUACGCACUGUGCUCUUAUGCCUUUGCGGUGGGGGUUCGUGAAAGAUGUUAGUCAUGGGAACGGAGGACGCUUCACCUUUACCACUGCUGUUGACUUGGCCUACCCAGAGGUGAUUGGUGGAGAAGUGCAGAUGCCAUACUUCAGUCAAGUAUUCACUCACGCACGCGAAUAA